GCAGAGCGGGUGAAGCCAGGUGCACCCGGAUCGAGAAGCGCCAAGUGAGCGUCCCUUGGCUCGACUGGCGUCCCUGCGGCCGCUCGAGAAGUCUUCAAGUGCGAGCUGGACGGACGGGUUCACGCUUUAUUGGCUCGCGGCGCCUCACUACUUAGUCCUGGACUGCCCUCCCUGGUCUGAAACUCAUCUCUGCAUCCUGAGUUCUGGGAUUAAAGCUUCGCUGCGGCGUAAGGCCCGCCCCGCCUGCCUGCCUGACCCUUAUUCGCAACCGGUGUGGCUUCGGACAAAGGUCAGCGGCUACCAUCCAGCUGCGACUCUGGCGCCCGCUCCUCGCCUCCAAGCAGAGCGGGGUGUCCCCCUCUCCGCCCCCCCGCCCGGUCAGCGUUGAGGACGCCAAGCCAAGCUCUGCGGCGCCGGUCCGACCGGUCCCACCGUGACCCGCGCCUCGCUCUUCCUGCUCUGCCCUGGGAGUGCGUCCCGCGCGCCCCCCCAGCGGCCGCUCAAAGACCCACACUCUUGAGGGCCGUGUGGGGCGGCUAGGGAACGCGCCGGCGGCCUUCCCGAUCCACCAAAGCCGCUGUUCCACCCCAUCGGGGAGCGGGCCGAGAGCUCGGCCCACCACACUCCGCCUCUGCCCGUGCCUGCGGCGGUUUCGGGGCAGGGGGCCUGCAGAGCGAGACAGUUACUCAGACCUGGCGAAACCGGCGUGUCGACACCUGCGGGCCCGGCGGGCGUGGCAGGCGGAGGCUCCGUUACGCCCCGCCUCUGGGCUCGCCCGGUCCCGGCCGCCCACGCGCCGCGCGCCCCGCCCCGGCCCGCGCCGCCAGCCUGCCAGCCCGGAAGGAGCCGACCGAGCGCCUGCGGCAGCUGACUCAAGCGAGAAUUUAGUGGAUGACUGACCAUGGGACCCCUGAGUCGUGAAGCCUGGGCCCAGCGCCUGGGGGCUUUCCGAGCCAGCCCAUCUGCCUUCCUGGCAGGUGCCGAAGGUGAGGAUCUGGGUCGCGACCUGCUGAGUGACCUAAGGAGUGAAAAGCUAAGCGAGCAGACCAAGGUUUCCUUACUGACACUGAGCUUGGAGUAUUCCGACAAACUGUGGUCUGAUGCACCUGCCGCGGAGGCUGCUGCCACCUCCUUGUUGGACACACUUGCCCUCCUGCCCUCGAAGCCUUCAGCUCUCCGGAGGCUCCUGCUAUUGGCAGCCACCACAGUCCUGGUGUCAGGAGGUGCUUUGGGACCCACUUCGGGAGCUUCCUGCCGACUCCUGCCCCUUCUACUUGGUUUAGCUUCAGGCCGAGACAUGGGACGAAGCUUUGGAACCACUUCAGAACAGCGCCACCUGCAGGCCACGGCGUGUGAAUGCCUUGGGGAACUUGAGCGUUGUAAGCCUGGGCUGCUGGCUGGCUCCCUGGGCAUGCUGCGAAGCCUCCUAGGGCAAAUGGGUCCCAUCCAGCCUGUCAGCCUGCUGCUGGCCCUUGUUCUGCACAACACCUUGGCGGUACCAUCCAGGCCUGGGCCUGGGACUGGCCUGCAAGGCCUGCUUGUGGCUGGAGUCUCCUCCACUGGGAGUUGUCCCUGGGACUGGUCACUAGCUGAAGAGUGGGGUGCCCAUCUUCUGCCCCAGGCACGCAGCUGGCCCACAAGUGAGGAGGAGCAUGGCUCUCCACUGCUGGAGCCCAGCCCUGAGGAGGCCCGGGAGCUGAAGGCUGCUGUGGCCCAGCUUCUGGACACCUCCUACCUUCUCACUCCUGUGGCUCAGGCUCAGCUUCUGUGGCUGCUGGGCUGGGCCCUUCGGGGUCUUCGGGGACAGCCACCAGUGGUUUUCAAGCCACAGCUAGUUCGGUUGCUGGGCACAGCACAGCUGACACUGUUGCACUCCGUCCUGGCUCUCAAGGCGGCCUUCGGUGAGGCCCUGUUCACUGCUCAGGAUGAGGCUCUGCUGCUCCGCAGGCUCACCCUGGUGGCCCAGCACCCGGCCUUGCCCUCACCCACAUGCCUCUUCUACCUGCACUGCAUCCUGAGCUUCCCAGAGAAUUGUCCGCUAGGCUCAGAAGGGGAAGAGGCCGCCCCCCUGCUGUUGGGUCCCCAGCUGAGCCGGGGCCUCAUGCCCAGUGUCCUACAUGACCCAAUGGUCCUCUUGGCCCGCCUGCAUCUGCUCUGCCUGCUCUGCGCUGAUGCUGAGGAAGAGGAGGAAGAGCAAGUUCACAGCCCACAGUGGUACCUACAGGAGCUGCUGGCUGGCCUACAGCAGAGGGCAGCCCUAGAUGGUGGCCCCCAAGCCUUGGCCACUCUCUGUUUCCAGGCCUCAUACCUGGUCGCCAGCUGCCUGGCUGGGCAACCUGCAGUGUGCACAUCUUUGAUCCACGGACUGGCCCAACUGUACCGAGCUCGGCCUUCCCUAGCUCCCCAUUUUGUGGACCUCUUAGAUCAGGUAAACCCCGAGCUGAGAGAGCCCCUCAGGGCGGUGCUGCAGCAAGAGGUGAUAGCCAGGCCAGGCAAGAGCGAAUCACUCUGCUGGCACCUUCGACUGCUGGCGAAGGUUGCAGAGGGAGAUGCUCAGAGGGCCACCAUUAGCUUUCUGCAGGCUGCCGCCGUGCACUGCACUGACUGGGGCCUACAGCAGGCCCUGCUGCGGGUGUGCUGCUCUCUGCUGCGGACAGGUGGGGGAGAUGGGCUGGCAGGCUUGCUGCAGGUACUCGCCCGACAGCUGGAGGAUGCGGAUGGGCGGGACCACGCCCGACUCUACUAUAUCCUCUUUUCCCAUCUGUCAAGUUCCAAGUUGGGGAUGGCCCUGGGCCCCUCACUUGCUGCACCUGCACUGGCCUCGUCACUGGUGGCUGAGAACCAGGGCUUUGCAUCAGCGCUGAUGGUGCAGGAGACUCCAGCUCCAAUUCAGUUGAGUGUGGAGCCUCAGAAGGCCAAAGGCCCGCCCCUGGUGCUGCGCCUGCAGGUGGAGGCCCUGGAGGUUCCUGUCUACUCUCUGGAGCUGCGCUUCCGUGUGGCAGGGCAGCUCUAUGGGCCUUUGGAGGCUGUCCACAUACCCUGUUUGCGUCCGGGACAGCCUGCCCAUCCUCUGUUCCUGCCCUUGCAGCCCCGACGCCCGGCCCCUGCUCGCCUUCAUGUCCAGGCCCUUUAUACCACACCCGCUGGCCUCACAUGCCACGCUCACCUGCCACCCUUGUCUGUGAAGUUUGCUGACCUCUUCCUGCCUUUCCCCCAGCUCCCCAAGGGCUCUGAGCUGUGUUUCUUUGAUGAUCGCUGGAACUCCUGCCUGCCAAAGGGUGUAGAAAGUCGUAUGUGGUGUCCACUUGGGCCACAGGGCCUGGAGGCCUUGGUGUCCCAACACCUAGAGCCUUUUGUUGUGGUGGCUCAGCCCCCCACCACCUACCUCAUAGCUGUCCAGCUGCCCCCCGACUCCAUGCUGCUGCUACGACUGGAGAAAGCUCAGGCGGACGGUGUGCCUGUGGCCCUGAGGACUGACAACUGGGCCGUGCUGCCUCUGGCUGGGGACUUCCUCCGGAGCCUUGCAGCCCACUAACGCCAGGCGGGGCAGGACUUGUUGCUCCCGGGGGACUGGGCCAAGGGACUGUCAAAGGAGCAUAUUCUUGUAGGUCCUACCAUAAAACCAUACUCACUGACA